UCCAAGAUGGCGGACUCUGAUGAAGAAGGCUCUAUUAACUUGACCGGGUUUUUGUUUGGAAACAUCAACGAAAGAGGGGAACUAGAAGACGAUGAUAUUUUAGAUGAGGAAUCCAGGAAGCACUUGGGUCAGCUAAGCUGCUUAAUUGGAAUGGGAAGCUUGGUCAAGGACAUUACUGAUGAAGACAGGUUACCAGAUGAAUCUUCAGGAGACAGGGAUUCUGCUUGGAUCCAAAAAGAUUCGGAUGCCAGAGAUUUCAGUGACAUAAAUGAGUUAGCUGAUGAGGAGGAAGGAAAAACUUACCCACAGACUAAUAUUGCUUAUAACCUUAUUAGACCUCAAAGCAAAGCAGAAGAUUCUGAUGAUGAUUAUGAUGAAAGUGAUGAUGAAGGGCAAAAUGAUAAGAAAGGUGAUUCACUUAUCCUACCUACUGUUGCUCCUGCUGCAAGUACUCUUUCCAAGGAGGAACAAGACAGGCUUGCUAUGCCUCCUCCUCCUGAUCCUUCCAUUCAACCAGCAGUCUCAGUGUGUAAUAAAGAAGAAGACAAUUUGCCAAGGACAUCAAGUGGUCAAACAGUUACAGAGCUUUUCCCUGAAUUCAAACCUGGAAAAGUGUUAAGAUUUUCUCGUCUGUUUGGACCAGGAAAGUCACUACCCCAACAGUGGCGCAAUGCCAAACGAAGAAGGAAGAAAAAGAAGAAGCAAGAAGAUGAAGGUGUAGCUCUUCAGCCUCCACUUUCUCCACCUCUACCUCGCAAAGAAGACUGCUUGUCUGACGAUGAGGACAAGUUGAUGGCGCCAUGGAAACCAAAAGUGGAGGAACAAGAAAGCAACUUAGAUUUAACAUCAGAUGCUUCUAAUGAGCAGCAGAAUAAAAAGAAGUUAUUGGCAUGGAGAUAUGGACCUGCGGCACUGUGGUACGAAAUGCUUGGAGUGAACGAGGAUGGUAGUGAUUUAGACUAUGGAUUCAAAGUCAAGGAGAAUCCUGAAGAAGAUUUUGGGAAUACAUCUCCUUCCUACAUCCCAGAUGAUUGUUUUCACAUGGUUUCACAAGUUAAUUGGGAAGAUGACAUCAUUUGGUCUCCAGAAGAAGUCAAACCCAACCUCCAGGCCAUGGCUCGUGCAGGCUGGAUCCCCACAGCUUUGACCAGAACAGCACAUGCUUAUGCAAGCCAACAACAAACACUAUUCAACCAACUAGGAUUAAAGCAUCCAGGACUUGAAACCUUCUUCAAAAAUACUGGAGAAGCCAUCAAGAACAACCAGGGCAAUCCAACAUCCUCUAGUUCUUUAAAUAGUAGUAGUGGUAGUGCUUCAUCUUCAACGAAAAAGUCAUCUGGCAAGUGGUACUCAAUUUUCCCUGUGGAGAAUGACAGCUUGGUGAACAGUAACUGGGAAGACAAGAUCAUUUGGGAUGCUGAGGCUAUGCCAUCUUUGCCUUCACCAUCUGUGAUGCAAUUGGAUCCAAAUGAUGAAAACAUUAUCCUGGGAAUCCCAGAGGACUGUGAUCCUGAGGAGAAAAGAGCUGAAGCAUCUAGCACCCCAAAGAAGGAAGCAAAGAAGUCAAAGUUAUUACUGGGAAAGAAUAAUAACAAAAAUGAAGAAGAUGAAAUUGAUGAGCGCAAAGAUGAAAAAAUUGAUAAAUUCAAUCUUUCUAAUGACCGGUACUACAGUGCAAAACACACAAAUGUUGAAAGUUCUCUUGAAGCCAAAAUGGGUUCUAACCUUGUACAACACUCUUUACCAGCAAUUGAGCUUCAACGACCAUACUUCCCAACAUACAUGUCAGUUCAAGAUCUUAGAAACUUCCAUAAACCUCCGCUGAAAAAAGCUUACAGUGGACCACUUGCAAAACCUGGCCGACAUUUUGUGCAUGGACUGUUGAAACAUAUCAAGAAAAAAGCCAGGGAACGCGAAAAGGAACGUCUAGCAUCUGGUGGAGGUGAAAUGUUCUUCAUGAGAACACCAGCAGACUUGACGGGAAUGGAUGGAGAGCUUGUCUUGUUUGAAUACAGUGAAGAACAUCCAGCAUUAAUCAUGGCCGUUGGUAUGAACACCAGAAUAAGAAACUAUUACAAGAGGAGACCAGGUAAAGAUGACAGUGUUCCAAGUUAUACAUAUGGUGAACCUGUUCCUGUGUACAAUAUGUCACCAUUCUUAGGCCACAUCAAGCCUGGAGAGUCUUUGCAGGCUCUUGAGAACAACUUGUUUCGUGUGCCAAUUUACGAACACAUCCUGCCAACCACAGAUUUCCUGAUCAUCAGGACAGCAACCGGGUACUUUGUUCGUGAAGUCAAGUCCAUUUUCUCUAUUGGUCAACUGUGUCCAAAGUUUGAAGUCCCUGGACCAAAUUCUAAAAAAGCCAACAUCCAUGCCAGGGAUUUUCUUCAGGUCUUUAUUUAUAGAUUAUUCUGGAAAAGUCAAGAUGAUCCUCGUCGUAUAAAGAUGGAUGACAUCAAGAGAGCAUUCCCUUCUCAUUCAGAAAGUAGCAUUCGUAAACGACUCAAACUUUGUGCAGAUUUUAAAAGAACAGGUGACUGUUGUAACUGGUGGGUGCUGAAGAAUGACUUCCGGUUACCUAGUGAAGAAGAAAUGAGAGCCAUGGUGUCGCCAGAACAGGCAUGCUCAUACUAUAGCAUGCAGGCUGCUGAACAACGGCUUAAAGAUGCUGGAUAUGGUGAAAAAUCACUUUUUUCUUGUGAAGAUGACAAUGAUGACAACGACCAAAAAAUAGAUGACGAGAUUCGAAUGGCUCCAUGGAACACAACACGAGCAUUCAUUUCGGCCAUGCGAGGAAAGUGUCAGCUUGCAGUGACAGGAAGUGCCGACCCUACUGGGUGUGGGGAGGGAUUCUCCUACAUCCGUGUUCCUAACAAACCAAUGGCCAAUAAGGAGGAUUCAGCUGCUGCUGCUGCACAGAUACGUAAGCAGAAAACAGUAACAGGCACAGAUGCAGAUUUGAGAAGACUAUCCCUAAAACAAGCCAGACAGGUUCUCAGAGACUUUGGAGUAUCAGAUGAAGAGAUUAAGAAAUUGUCUAGAUGGGAGGUUAUUGAUGUGGUGAGGACCAUGUCUACAGAAGCAGCCAAGUCUGGAGAAGAAGGCAUGAGUAAAUUUGCACGUGGUUCAAGAUUCACUAUUGCAGAACACCAGGAAAGAUACAAAGAAGAAUGCCAACGAAUCUUUGAUCUACAAAACAGAGUUUUGUCCUCAAAAGAAGAGCUUUCCACUGAUGAGGGAAGCAGCAGUGAGGAAGAAAGUGACAUGGAUGAGUUGGGAAAGAAUCUAGAGAGCAUGUUGGCCAAUAAAAAGACUUCUGUUCAGUUAACACAUGAGGAAGAGGAAGCAGAACGUAGAGAACUACAAAAAAUGUUGAGUGAGGACAAGACAAAAGAUUCUAAAGAGAAUGGAAGAUCUAACACAGGAGACAAGUCAAGAGAUAGCUUUAGGAAAUCCUUUGAGGCAGACGAUGAUGCAACAUCUGUCAUGAGCUAUGAAUCUUCCAAUGUCGGCCGUAAACUUGUCAUCCAACGUGUAUUCAAAAGUCAUGAGGGACGUGAAUUUGUUCGAAGAGAAGUAGUCAAGAACCAGGCUGUGAUUGAUGCUUAUUUGAGAAUUGUUAACAAAGAUAAAAAUAUCAGGGCACAGUUUGCAAGUGUAGAUGAAGUGCAUAAAGAAGAAAUCCGACGUGAAAAACGAAGAAUCCAGGAACAGCUGCGAAGAAUCCGCCGAAACCAAGAGAAAGAGAAACUGCAACCAGUGAAGAAGAAGAAGGAAAAACCACCAAGUAGUAUUAGUAUCAAGUUAAAGUGUGGAGCAUGUGGUGAAAUUGGCCAUAUGCGAACAAAUAAAAACUGUCCUCUGUACCAAGAUGCCAACCCAUCGUCUGUCUCGGUUGCCAUGACCGAUGAACAAGUAGCAGAAGAGGAAUUCAACAUGCCUCAGGAUGACCUUGUCAAGGUUGAAGGCACAAAGAUCACACUAGGAAAGGCCUUCUUAGACCAAACAAAUGAACUGAAGAGAAAAUCAUUGGUAUUAAGAUUCCCCAAGGAAUCAGUCCGCAAGAAGCGCAGGUCAGGUGUUAUGCAUUGUGACUAUCUCAAGAGACCACAUAAAUCCAUCAAUCGACGUAGGGCAAAUCCAGAGGUUGCAUUGCAGUUACUGCUGGAGCCAAUUCUCAACAAGAUGAAGGAAGUUGAUGAGAGCUGGCCAUUCCACACACCAGUCUCUUCCAAGACUGUACCUGACUAUAAUAAGAUAGUCAAGAAUCCCAUUGAUCUACAGACUAUGAGAGAGAAUCUUCGGCGUCACAAGUAUCUAUCCAGAGAGGAUUUUAUUGAAGACUGUUCCCUGUUGGUGUCCAACAGUGUGCUCUAUAAUGGUCCUCAACAUAAUUUUACUGGCGUUGCACAGAAGAUGCUUGAUGUUUGCACCAAGUCCAUCAAUGAGAAAGAAGACGAGUUUGUUCAGAUUGAAAAGGAGAUCAACCCACUCCUUGGUGACGAUGCACUAGCAGCAUUUUCAUGGAUUCUGGAGAACAUUGUUGCUCAAAUCAAAACAGUUCCUGAGUCCUGGCCAUUCCACAAACCUGUCAACAGCAAACAAGUACCUGACUACUAUGAAGUUGUGAAGAACCCCAUGGAUAUUGAGACCUUAAGACAGCAAGUGCAAGAUGGCAUGUACCGCACACAGGAGGAGUUUAUGGAGCAUGUUAAGCUGCUCUUCACUAACAGUGUUCUCUAUAAUGGAGAACACCAUGAGUUUUCUAAAACAGCUAAACGAAUCGUGGAAUCUUGUGAAGACUUCAUGAAAGAGCAUGAAGAGCAGUUGACAAAACUAGAGAAUGAGAUUGGAACAAAUAUUCAAGAUGAUGCCUCAUCAUACAAUGCAAGUGAGCCACCUUCAGUCUUUGGACUGGAAUCUAUGGAGAACAGCAUGGAUGGGUUCCCUGAUACAAGCAAAGAAGAAGACAGUCUACUGGAACAAAGUGAUGCUAAUGAGGACUCUAUAGUGUUCAAGGAUGAUCUUCAACCUACUAAAAUGACCUCACGCUCUGGCAAGCAAGGUCCUGCUGUCGGAGAAGAUGAAGAAAUGAUUGAUGUAGAAGGUUACGAAGAUGGCGAGAGCAUUUUCCGUAGCAUUGCAAACUCACAGUCAAAAGGCACUUAUCCUGUACAGCAAACAGAAAUUGAAGAAUUCUCCAUGGAACCACCAAGUGAAACUUUAGACAGUAUCCUACUCCAAGACCUCCAGCAUAGUGAUAGUGAGAAUGAUAGUGAUGAUGAUGAUUUUCCAUUUGGUGAUGGAGAAGACGAGGAUGCAGAAGAUGAGGAUGCAGAAGAAGGGGAAGAUGAAGAGGAAGAAGUACAAGACUUGUUUGACUUUUCUCCUGUUACUGAAAAUGCUGAAGAAUCUAUGGAUGCUAUGGAAACCAGCAAUGGAGAUAAUGAAGAUGACGAUGAUAAUAAUUAACAUUUCUGGAUAUGAGUCAGACUAUCCAGAAUUAAAAAGUUAGAUUUCCAGCCAACUAGGUCUUCCCAGAAUUCAACAAGAAGUGCAUUCUGGUCUAGCUUGGGUACAAACACCAUUACAACACAUGCAUAUGAUAAACAAGAGAUGGCUUUCCCAAAGCCUAAUUACAAUGAACCACACAAAUCUAAGAUAAGUCCCAUGCUUAAUAUACAUGAGAUUAUGAAACCCUAAAAUUUCAGUAGAUGUAACUGUCAGUAUCUUAAAAGUAAGAUUCCUAUAGAGUGCAAAUAAUAUAUCCGUGAAACACUAAUUACUAAAUUGUUCAAAACAAUAGAAUAAGUAUAAAAUAGUGUAAGUUAGCAUUACCAAUAUUUCACAGAUAUAUUGUUUGCAUUCUAAUAUCUUAGAUAGUGUGUGCAAGAAGACUUGUUCUGUUGGUUACUAGUGUAAAAAUGUAUAGCUUGUAUAAAUUAUUAUAUUAAACAGUAAACUGUGUUUAAACCAAACACGCAAUAAAAACACAGGAAGCCCACUA